ACGGUGAGGUGCCACGCCCCUCCUCCCUUCCCAACAAUCCCACCAAAGCAAAUCCAGGACGGCGCAGGGAUCUCUUGUUGUGCCUGUGUGCUGAGGCUGGGACUGUCACUCAUUCUCUGAUCAGCUCAUGAAAGCAGCUAGAUAGCAGCUGGACAAAAAUAAUAUAUAUAUAUAUAUAUAUUAAAAUAUUACACCGUUCCGGGGGGAUUUUUUCCCCACGUCUCCCCCCACCCUUCUUCGCUUUGCACCUGAAUCUCUCGUCUUAACCGGCCCAGGUUCCUAUUUGGAAGAGGAAAAUAUAUAUGCAAGAAAACUUCGUCUCCAUUCGGCAGAUGACAAUGCUUCAAAGCAAGGAUCUCAUCUGGACUUUGCUAUUCAUCGGGACUGCAGUCUCUCUCCAGGUGAACAUUGCUCCAAAUAAAGUGGAGGUGCCUGUUGGAGAGUCCAAAUUCUUCUUGUGUCAAGGUGAAUGCCAAUCCAAAGACAUCUCCUGGUUUGCCCCCAACGGUGAGAAGCUGACGACAAACCAACAGCACAUCUCAGUGGUGCGGACGGAGGAUUCAUCUACUCUCACCAUCUACAAUGUCAACAUAGACGAUGCUGGCAUUUACAAAUGUGUUGUCUCCAGUGAGGAAGGCGAUGUGGAGGCCACACUCAACGUGAAGAUUUUCCAGAAGCUGACUUUCAGGAAUGCUCCCAGUCCACAAGAGUUCAAAGAAGGAGAGGAUGCGGUCAUUGUGUGUGAUGUUGUCUCCUCGCUGCCUCCUGCAGUCAUAUGGAAGCACACGGGCAGAGAUGUUGUUCUUAAAAAAGAUGUUCGGUUUGUUGUGCUGCCCAACAACUACCUACAGAUCAGAGGAAUAAAGAAAACAGAUGAGGGGAUGUACCGGUGUGAAGGAAGGAUCCUGGCUCGUGGAGAGGUUGAUUUCAGAGACAUUCAUGUUAUUGUCAAUGUGCCUCCUACUGUUCGCUCCAAGCAGAGCACUGUGAAUGCCACGGCAAAUCUCAGCCAGUCAGUCAAACUCGUGUGUGAUGCUGACGGCUUUCCAGAGCCAACCAUCAGUUGGACCAAGGAUGGGGAAUCAAUAGAAAGAGGUGAGGAUGAUGAAAAGUACGGCUUCAGUUAUGACGGCUCAGAGCUGACUAUUCGCAAGGUGGAGAAGAACGACGAGGCAGAGUAUCUCUGCAUCGCUGAGAAUAAAGCUGGCGAGCAUGAUGCCACCAUACACCUCAAAGUCUUCGCAAAACCCAAAAUCACCUAUGUGGAGAACAAAACUGCUAUGGAACUGGAAGACCAGAUCACUCUGACCUGUGAAGCUUCUGGAGACCCCAUUCCCUCCAUCACGUGGAGGACCUCUACACGGAACAUCAGUAAUGAAGAGAAGGCUUCAUGGACCCGGCCCGAGAAACAAGAGACCCUGGAUGGGCGCAUUGUGGUGCGCAGCCAUGCGCGGGUAUCUUCUCUGACGCUGAAAGACAUUCAGUACACGGAUGCUGGGGAGUACAUCUGCAUAGCCAGCAACACCAUAGGGCAAGAUUCCCAAGCCAUGCAUCUGGAAGUCCAGUAUGCCCCGAAGCUACAGGGCCCUGUUGCUGUUUACACUUGGGAAGGCAACCAGGUGAACAUCACCUGUGAGGUGUUUGCGUACCCAAGCGCUGUCAUCUCCUGGUUCCGAGAUGGGCAGCUGCUGCCAAGCUCCAACUAUAGCAACAUUAGGAUCUACAACACUCCAACUGCCAGUUACCUAGAGGUGACACCAGACUCGGAAAAUGAUUUUGGAAACUACAACUGCACAGCAGUCAACCGGAUUGGUCAGGAGUCCUCAGAGUUCAUCCUUGUACAAGCAGAUACACCAUCUGCACCUUCCAUUGAGAGAGUCGAACCCUACUCAAGCACAGCCCAAGUGGAAUUUGAUGAACCUGAGGCUACCGGCGGAGUUCCCAUCCUCCGGUACAAGGCAGAGUGGCGAGCGCGGGGAGAGGAAGACUGGCACUCCAGGAUGUACGAUGCUAAGGAAGCCAACAUGGAGGGUGUGUUCACUGUGAUGGGCUUGAAGCCAGAGACAAGGUAUGCCAUCCGACUGACUGCCAUCAAUGGCAAAGGCGCAGGCGAAAUCAGUUCUCCCUCCGAGUUCAAGACACAGCCAGUUCAAGGUGAGCCCAGCGCACCCAAGCUGGAAGGCCAGAUGGGAGAAGAUGGAAACUCCUUUAAAGUGAAUCUCAUCAAGCAAGAUGAUGGAGGCUCCCCCAUUCGGCACUAUCUCAUCAAAUACAGAGUUAAGCAUUCCGCUGAAUGGAAACCUGAGAUGCGUCUUCCUUCAAGCAGUGACCAUGUCAUACUCAAGGCUCUGGACUGGAACGCUGAAUACGAGGUCUAUGUGAUUGCGGAGAACCAGCAAGGGAAAUCCAAGCCUGCGCAUUAUGCCUUCAGGACUUCAGCGCAGCCAACCAUCAUCCCAGCUAGCACAAGCCCUACUGCAGGACUGGGCACUGCGGCCAUUGUGGGCAUCCUCAUUGUGGUCUUUGUCCUCCUGCUGGUGGCUGUGGACGUCACCUGCUACUUCUUGAACAAGUGUGGCCUCCUGAUGUGCAUCGCAGUCAACCUGUGUGGCAAAUCCGGUCCUGGGGCAAAAGGCAAGGACAUGGAAGAGGGCAAGGCUGCCUUCUCGAAAGAUGAAUCAAAAGAGCCCAUUGUGGAAGUGCGGACAGAGGAGGAACGGACCCCGAACCACGACGGAGGGAAACACACGGAACCUAAUGAAACCACGCCGCUAACGGAGCCAGAGAAAACCCCCGUAGAUGAAAAGUCUGCAAUUCAAGCCACAGAAGCCAAGACAGCCCCCGCAGCAGAAGUCAAGACGGUACCCAAUGAAGCCACACAAACAAAUGAAAACGAGAGCAAAGCAUGAUGGGCAACUGAGCCGAAACAAAACAAAACAAAAAAAUUUAAAAAAUUGACAGAACAAACAACUUCACCUGAGCAUUUAAAACACACAACACACAUCUCAUCCCUCUAAUGUCUUUGCCUUUUUUAAAAAGAAAACAGACAAAAAAAAUGCAUACAAUGGGGGAAUUGUGGUGGGUUCUUUUUUUUUUUUUAGGUUUGUAGGAAGAAUUUUAUUUUAUGUGCACUUGCUUUUAAGAAACGAAAUGUUUUACUUCUUUGUCUUCUACAAGGAUAAGCCCAUAACCCCACUAGGAUACCAGGGCCCUUGCGAAAUAUCCAUGCAGAGUUAACAAAACAAAAAACCCAACUGCAGCAUGUUUAGGAGAUUCAGAACAGAAUUAGGAAGCCAGACUUGGCUCUGCCAGGCUGAGCAGACUGGGGUGGCCAGUCGCAGAUCGUUUAUUUUUAUACUUUUCAGCCGAGUUGAGAAAAACCUGUAAACUCUUUGAAGUAAGUUAUCUCCUCCCCAUUUUAUUUUUAUUUGGUUCACUUUGAAUUCGUCCUGUACGCAAAGUGUGUUUGCCCUUCCUGACUGAAUUCUGUUCUCCUUUCUAAAGGGGCAAUCCCCCAUCAGUGUCUGUUGCGCAGAGCCCUCUGGAACAAACGGGAAGUGUGCAGGGUACCCGUGGAUGUUCAUUUAAAUAGGGCUUGCGUGGAAGACGUUUUUGGCCGAUUGCGCCCCCUUUUGGUACAGGUGAUAAUUCCAACAUGUUUCAUUUUAGGAAGAAUGCCUUUGGGCAGUUUUGGAGUUUAUCUUUCAAAGUGCAGUAUUCCUUGUUUUGUUUUUUUAAUUUGGUUUUGCCAACUUUAUUUUCUUCCAGUGUUUACAGUCGACAAAACGUUUUUUAAAACUUUUGUUGUGUUUAAAUGUCUAUGUAAAAUAGCUGCCUUUUUUUAAAGAGAGAUUGCGAGAAAGAGAGAGAGAGACUGAGAGAGAGAGAGAGAAAGUAAAAACAGGCUAUAUAGAUAGUAGGUUGAUCAGCAUGCUUGCUUUGCAAAGGGAGACAUUUUGAAAUAAUGGAUGUUUACAGUAGGUGUUUCCCCUUUUGUCUUUUCUUUCUUUUUUAAUUAUUAUCAUUUUUUUAUUUCUUACUGGAGUAAGAAAAAUAAGCAAACCCUUACCCUUUUCCUCCGUUUUAUACAAAUGGGCCACGUAAAGUCCAAUCAGUGUCCUGCUUCAGGGCACCCUACUGAUGAGCAUGAGUUUAACUUUAAGUGUGUGAAUAGGGGAGUGAAGUUCUGAAAAGCAUCAGCACAAUAUCUGCAAUUUAGGACACUGGGAAAGGUGGCUUUGUUGGUGCACGGUCCAAGUAUAGCUGGUUAGGGUGUAAGAAGUGUAAGUCAUUCCAUCUUCAGGAAUGAAUAUCUUGUGCUGCAAACCUGAGUCUCAAAAAUGCUUCCUCUCAAACGAAUAGGUUAGAAUUUGCUUUUGAUGGAAAUCAUAUUUCCAAGGUGUUUUUCGGACCAGGCUGCUGGGCCACGAUGGUUCAGCUCCAGGCAGCUCCAAAUCUCUCGCUAGGAUCAAAUCUCAAGGUCAGAAUGGUUCCCCAUUUGCUUUGAUUGGCUGAAGAUUUGAUAGGUUCAUGGCUCCCCCUCUGCUUUGAUUGGCUUAGUCCAAUUUGACAGGGUCCACCCCAAUUCUUGUCCAUGGAAUAUGAGACCUUUAAUGUCCAAAGCUUCAUUGCAUUACACAUGUGUCCAAAGGCUUAAAUGUGUAGUGCAAGAUUGGAGGAUCUAUUAUGUGCAAAGCUGUUCGCUUUUGAACACGUUACCCCUUUGAGAGAAAAGUCACUGGCUUGAACUUAAGCACUUGCUCAGUGGUGGUGUGGAGUCAGGGUCAAAACUGAAUACAGGAAGUAAGUUAUUUUUUCUUUUUCUUAUUCUAAGGCAUUAUCUCCCCUUUCCUCUCCAGGAAUCCCCCCCUAAGGUUAGUUAAGCCAAAGGGGAGGUUGUAUAGUUAAGGGCGGGUCUCAGAAGGUAAGUUUUAAAAAUUACCCACUCUCCCUCCUUAUUUAAGAUAUAUUGCUGCAGAUAUGGCUUCCUUUCAGCCUACACAAUGUUUAAAAUGUAGUGAAGCUCACCACUUAAGGGAGUUUGGCAUAAUUUUGGAGAGGAGGCAAGGUGGAGGUAAUCUACUAAGUACCAUUGCUGUGCAAUCCUGAUUCAAAAAGCCCAUUGAAAGGAAUUCAGUUUCCAUAAUCACACCCUGAUCCAACACUUCAUAUGGCUCUGAUGCACUCAAAAAACUCCAUAAAAGCGAAGGGUAUCCCAUUCAGUUCAGCUGAAUGCAACAGAGGGUGUACCCUUGAGAGCUUUCGAAGAUAAUGAAAUGAUCAGGAUCCUGGUCUCUACACAUGCAACAAAAUAUAUGGAUGGAGGCAGUCUUUUAUCCAUUUCUGGCAAAAGUCACCAAUGGUCUGCUGGAAAAAUAGGACCCCCCCCCAUCCUCCAGUUGCUGAUUCUACAAAGUUGUUAGGAAAUAUCCAAGGGUUUUUGUUGUUAUUUUUAAGAGAGAGAGAGAGAAAAUGCAUCAAAUAAUCUGAUCUGGGAGGUUUGAUCUGAUAUUUGAUUUCUGAAGCACUUAACGAUCUUCUUAACUUUUCUUACCUGAAUAUUCAUGGUCAGCAUUGUUGCCCCAUUGCUCACAUACCACGGUAUGAAACUUGGGUCCCUCCUGUUCUAUUCAGGAUCACACCCAGAAUUUACAGAGUUCAUGCAGUGGUCUUGUGCUUAAAGUUGUGACUUCACUGCUUUUAAAAAUAAAUAAAUGUACAAACAGGGAUGUGGGUAAAAGGAUGUAGAGGUGAAGGAGACCAGCCCUUUGUAUAGAACCAUCUUUUUUUCCAUUUUUUAAAAAAGAAUUUCAUUAGAUCUGCAAGCUUGUGCACUGUGGGUGCGUGAAUAUCUUAGUGUGAAAUGUGUUUUUUGUCAUAGUAUCAAAAAAUUUAAAAUCGGAAAGAAAGAAAACCUUCCACAUCGUUUGGGUGUGGAAGGUGUAGCGGGAAUAGUGCGGGGUGAUCGAGAAAAAAUCCAAAUGAUGAAACCCCAAUUUCAGGAUACAUAAAACGAAGAGAAUACAACUGUUCUGGACUGAAGAAAAGUAGCCUUGAAAUCAAGAUUUCCACAACCUAGUUCCCUCCAGAUAUUUUUGGGCUACAAUUCCCAUCAUCCUUGUAUGGGGCUGAUGGGAAUAAAGAGCCCAAACCUUUUGGAGGCCACCGGGCUGGGAAAGGUUGCUUUAAAUAUAUAUAUAUCUAUAACCUGCAAAAUUGAAUGUGAUCUAUAGCAUUCCUUUGCGCUAAGGUCAAUGGGGGGGGCAAAGGAAGGGAGGGAGGAGGUGGCAGUGGGGGGAGACUGCAGUCCGGCCUAAGCAAAAUGAAGCCACGCCUUUUGAUAUAAUAAUCUCAUGUGCGCAGUCCGUCAAUGUGGCAUCUCUCAGUUAUCAUUCCCAACUGUGAAAAACCAAGAGUCUUUGUCAUUUUGCUAAAUGUGGGGGCAGGGUGGGGGCUGCUUUCUUGUUGUUUUUGUUUUUUCUCUUCAGCUCAUGGGGGUGGAAAUGGAGGCUGCCUUUAUAUCGAUGUGCGCGCACCCAGCGCCUGUGGCCUCCGAGCCUCUGCUGUGUGCCUGGGUGGGGGACUUGUUUAUAAAGGUAUAAAGUGGGGAGGGGAACUCUAGCCCUUCGAGGAAUUUAUUUUGUUAAAGGGUGUAAAUAUACUACCCCCCCCCCAUAAUGUUCUCACAUGGACUUUUUUUCCUCCCCAGAGGGAAAUGAAUGGGCAGGGAUUUAUUGUUCGGAAGAUAGCAAGAAUGGCGUUCCUUAGUCCCUGAAGGUCGGCCGUUGUGAGGGCCUGCAAAAUACUGUCGCCAACCAACUCUUGCCUCAUACCUCAUAUGUUAUAUUUCCCACUAAGCGACGAGUAGCUAACGGGAGGCUUAUGCUACCAUAAUCUGCCAAUAGCCUCUCCCAGUGGGGCCCACACAGGCAAAGUGUGCCGUAUGAUCCUGUGGGAACAUAAAUCUUUCAAAGCUUGGCUAGGGUAGCCUUGCUGUGGGCGAGCAUUUUUCAAGCCUGGCUGCCAUCUUGAGGCCUGAGCUGAAGCCCAGUUGACAUCCCUGGAAAGAUUCCUGUGGCUUUCAAAGGGCUUUGAUGUCAGCUGAGCCUUCCUGAGCAAGAGCAAAGCCUCACAAAUUCCCUCACGAACCGACCAAGAUGGCCGCCAUUUUUGCCCUCUUUCCCCUCACCAGGCAGGCAUUUCUCAGCAUGGUUGCCAUGGCGGCCGGAGACCACGGCUGCUUCAUUAAGAGCUCUUUGGCAGGGGAGCGUUUCCACUUUGCAUCGGCAGCCCUCCUUCCUGUCCCAGAGCUCUCGGUGAAGCAGACUUUUAUGUCUUGGUGAGGGGAAUGGCAUUCAAUAUCUCUCUGCCUAUUCCCUCUUGCCAAUAUGUUGUUCGUUCCUCCUUUGGCAGCGAAAGAGUUUUGUUUUAAAUUUAGAAGCAACAUUCUCUCUUAUGAAUUUUUAAAGGUGUCUUCACAUUAAUUUUAUUUUUAUACCUGUUUAUUUUAUUUUUCGAGCAGACACAGACCUUUGAAUAGGGACCAACAAUACACUGUUUACGAUGUGCAUAUUUAUAUAUGUAUGCGUCAUACAUAUAUAUCUAUAUAACCACCCAGCUUCUCGUAGUACGGUAAACAUGUAUUUCAUGCAAUGUAUUAGGAAAAAAUAGCACAUUUUCUUGCUUGAGUUUUACCAUGGAGUCUUUUUUUUAAACAACAACAACUGUGUGGGUUUUAUUUUAUUUCUCCCCCUUUUUCUGUGGAUGUCUUCAGACCCCUGGGGGUUCACUUAGGCAAUGGUGAUAGUGGUUCUCAGUCCUCCAUUCACAUCCCUACCCAGCAUUCCCUGUUUUAGGGGCCUUCUCUCUUGUUAUAAAAAACAAAACAAAAGACAAAAAACUUUUUACCGAGUGAAACAUGGAAUACCACCUUUAUUUCCAUUCUCACCAAUGUAAAUACUGAUACUAACGGAGAAUUUUGACUUUGCAUUCUGUCAGAAUACUUGUGUUCAAAUAAAAAUUACCAAAAAAAAAGUUUUUA